AUGUAUCUACUCAGAAUCCUCACAGCGCUCAUCUGCGCACACCGAGCACUCGCUCUCACCACCGGCAGCCCGUACACCUCAUCCCUAGCCCAGCAUGCCCUGCAAAAGGUCCUCCACGACGCCUCAGAGAUAUUCGGCCUCCCGGCUCCGCCCUCCACACGCACCAACGUCUCCCUCUCCACCUGGAUGUCCACGUACCCGGACGAGGCCCUUCUGACCUCGCUCACCAUCCCAGGCGCCCACGACGCGGCGACGUGGAACUACAGCGGGGCGCGGCAGGCGGCCCUGCGCCCCGUCACGGACCUGCUGAACGCGAGCCUGUCGGAUCCCCGCGCGUACCGGUGCCAGCGGCGCAGCGUGGCGGCGGCGCUCGAGGCCGGGGUGCGGUUCUUGGACCUGCGGUACGCGCCGGACGCGACGGGGACGCGGCUCGUGUUCUGGCACCGUGAUGCGCUGCUGGGCGAGGCCGCGGGCGUCGAGGAGCUGCUGUUCGCCGUCUUCGCGUGGCUGCGGGCGCACGCCUCCGAGGCCGUCCUUCUCAGCCUGCAGUACGAGGGCGCCACGAGGGCCGGGGCGGCCAACUCGGCCGCCGUACAGCGCAUGCUGUUCGACGUGCUGACGUCGCCGGCGGCUCGGUCGCAUCUCCUGCAGACGCGCGCCUUGGGCACGUUGGGCGAGGCGCGCGGGAAGGCCGUGCUGGUGAGGCGGUUCGACAUGGACCAGCUGCCGGCGGAGUACGAGGAGGCACUGCCAGGCGUGCACCUGUCGCCGGCGCAGUGGGUCGAUAACUCGGCCAAUAUCACGUUGGUUUACAACCAGUCCACGGGUGCCACGGCAUACAUCGAAGAUCUUUACUCGCCGGACUCGGUGCCACUGAGCGCGAAUGCGAGUUCCAACAUUGCCGCGAAGCUAGAGGCCGUGGCUACUCACUUGCACGAAGCAGCUAAUGGAUCCGAGGAGGAUUUGUUCGUCACGUUCGCGUCUGGUCAACGGUUAGAUGCUGAGAUACCGGUGUAUCCCGAAACCAUGGCGUUGGGGAGCGGGACGAAGGCAACACCGGACGGAGGCGUGAACCAGCAGCUCCUGCCAACACUGAAGGAAUUGGCAGGGAGGCGGCUGGGUAUUGUGGUAUUGGAUUUUUGGGACGAACCAGGGGCGUUGGUAGAAGCUGUUUUGGGGCUAUAG